AAUCGACUGUUCAGAUCAUGCCUGAAACCACCGUGAAAGCGCCCAAGAAGGGCUCAAAGAAAGCCGUGUCUAAGAGCGUCAGUAAGACCGGCAAGAAAAAGAGGAAGACCAGGAGGGAGAGCUACGCCAUCUACGUGUACAAGGUGCUGAAGCAGGUCCACCCCGACACCGGCAUCUCGUCCAAGGCCAUGGGCAUCAUGAACUCGUUUGUGAGCGACAUCUUUGAGCGCAUCGCCGGUGAGGCCUCCCGUCUGGCUCACUACAACAAGCGCUCCACCAUCACUUCCAGGGAGAUCCAGACCGCCGUCCGCCUGCUGCUGCCCGGGGAGCUGGCCAAGCACGCUGUGUCUGAGGGCACCAAGGCUGUCACCAAGUACACCAGCUCCAAGUAAACCUAUUGACAAAAAACCAUCAACACAAAGGCUCUUUAAGAGCCACCCACUUUCUCUAAAGAUAAUUCCUGAUGUCUCUUUGGUCUGAAUUGUUCCGUCACUGUUUUAUUAAGCGUUAUGAAUGACAUGAUUUCACAAAAAGCAGAAUAAAAGAAAUUCUAAUAUACGCCUGUCUCAUGUGACUGCAUUAUAAGGUGAAAACACCCUGCCUUUUACAUCUGUACAACAAUACCUUGUUAGUCGUUUUUGAUGGGUGAGAGACAGAUAAAAUUAAGUUAACCGUAACUGGCCAAAAAAUAUCAAAUCUUU